AAGAUAAAAUAACAAUUGGGAUUUGGGUAGAGUGAACGAGACAAGCUCGGCCGUUUUCUUUCUGAUGUUCUCUUCUCUAUUCUAGAGUCUGUAAUUUGGGGCUAGGGUUUUUGCAUUGCAGCAACCACUGCCAGAAGUGGUUUCGAUUGUAAUCUUUAUCUCACUCGCAAAAUGGAGACCUCUCUCAGAUUCGCUGCAGACUCCAAAGCUCUAAGAAUCCACGCCAAGGAAAAGCUCCCCAUCGACUCCAAAACCUACCUGCAGAUACAUGGAGAGCUAGAUACGAAGUUUGGAGCUCCGACUUAUUUUAGUGCGGUGAUGAGACACUUCUACCCAGAUUUAUCAGCCAGCCUUGGCGUUGGAUUGCAAUAUACUAAGCGUGAGAAGCUACGAUAUAGUGUACGUGGAAAAAAGUCAUUUCCUGUCACAACUAAUGGCCUGUUAAGCUUCAAUAUCAAGGGGCGAUGUGAUGUGGACAACGAAUUUAAAGAGAGGAAGUCAACUGGAGCUGCUGAAUUCACUUGGAGUUUAUUCAAUUUUCAGAAGGACCAAGAUGUUAGGGUGAAACUUGGUUAUGAAGUGUUUGAAAAGGUUCCAUAUCUGCAGAUCAGGGAAAACAAUUGGACGUUCAAUGCUGAUGUUAAUGGUAGAUGGAACGUGAGAUACGACUUGUGAGGAACAGGACCAUUUAUUUUUUGCAGGGUCCAGCUUUAACCUUCCCAUGGUACCAAAUAGAUCUGUGGAUUUCCACUAACAGGAAUACUGGCAUGUGUCAAGAGUGAUCUCACAAGAGGGAUAAAACUAGGGAAUUUAUUGAAGAGUUCUGCUUCUUCAGGCUGAAGUGUAAACAUAGCCACUUUGUGAAACUUAUUGCACUAAGGAAAAAAAGUCAAAAUACCAUUAUUUUUUCAAAACAUCAAUAAAUGUGCUUGCAAAUAGAUAUUCUAUUAAUUUUUAUUACAAGUUUUCAUUAAAGUUGACAUGAUGUUACGGUGGUGCAUGGCAGCUUAUAAAUCUAGCUAAUUAUCUGCCAUGGAACAUCUUUAUUCGAGAGUGGUAUUUUUGUAUGAAAGUGCUUGUAUUCAAUCUUUGACCAAUGCAUAUAUCUUCUUUCUGGGAA